GCUGGUGCGAGAUGGUCUGCGCUUUCAGCGAGAUAAAAUAAAUAAAUAAAAAAUUUCUACUGACCCAGAAUACGCGAUGGUCUUUAAAUGAUACGUUUUCUGCUGCAGAAAACCGCCUGGCGGUCCAUAUAAUCCAAGAAUUUUAACGAAAAAAUCACUUUUUUAAACUGUAAACUUCAAAAUAGUUGAAUUUGUUGAUUGUGACAAUGAUUUUGACAAGUGAAGUUAUGUAUUUUGUGUUUUUUGUUAUUUGUGCGUUGCAUAUUCAGGCGAAGCCGAGUUAUACUUUCGAUUUGCCAGCGAUAGGAAAAUUUUUGAGUUUCGGACAAAACCAAAGCCCGCGCUCCAUUUUGAAGACCUACAGCGGAAAACGGGUGAAAAAUGACUCGAUCAGAAUGGUUUAUUUCUACGACCAAACUGUGGCAGUUGUGGAGCUAGAACCAAGCAAAUUGUUGCUCAACUGUGAGCUAAUAGAAGUAUACGAACCAGAGAUGGCCCUCAAAGCUUUGGGCGACAUUCAGCACGUUUCGAAACCAGUGGGCAUUUCGUUCAAGGAAAUGUUGAAAUUGAUGAACAACUGUAAAGAAUUGGAGGAAGGGGAGUUGCAGAGGAACAGGGAGGAACAAAAACAGAGCGACAAAAACAAAAAUGACAGAAUGGAGGCGCGAGGAAUCCUGGCCAACAAUCCCUUCACGCUUUUGAGCGGUAUUAUACCAGGUACCAAAUGGUGCGGAACUGGGGACAUAGCCAAAGACUACUUUGAUCUGGGUACAGACUUCUCCACGGACGCGUGUUGUCGUGCUCACGACCUCUGCCCAGUAAAGAUACGAAGUUACUCUCAACGCUACAAUCUCACGAAUAACUCGUACUACACCAAGUCGCACUGCGUGUGCGACGACACCCUGUAUAACUGCCUGAGAGCCAGCCAAUCGCCUACGUCGAACAUCCUAGGCAACUUGUAUUUCAACUUGGUGCAAAUACCGUGCGUUGGGGAUACGAAGAAGGGGCGGGUGUUCAGAAAGGGGCGCAAUAACUUCUAAUUAGAAUAAAAUUGUGAUUUUGAUUUUUUGGCCAUCAUUCAUGGUGUUGUUAUUUAAUUUAUACGUUCAAAAACGAAAUUGUACAUAUUUUGAUUAAAUACAUUUACUAAUUAAGUUGGUAUCAUUUUUGUGACCGAAUGGAAUUUCGAUGUUAAAAAUACCACCUU